AUGAGGAAGCUAUCCUAUGUCGUCGCCUUCUUCGCCGUCAUUGGGACUAUGAUCCUGAACAUCCUCUCCGUCCAGCGCCCUGAUUGGCUCGUCACGAAGAGACCAGACAUCAUCCACAAGGAGGUCGUUGUCUCCUAUGGCCUCGCCAGCCGCUGCGAGCUUCGCGUCAUGGAGGUCCCCGCCCCGAGCGGCGGCACGCUCACCUACACCAGCUACGAUUGUCGGCCGUUCCCGAAGCGCGUCGAGGAUGGCUGCGAGAAGGAGAACAAGGCCUUCUGCAUGAUCUGGGGCACCUCGAGCUACUUUGCAGAGCUCGGCAUCGGCUUUGCCGUCGUAGCUUGUCUCGCUAUCAUAUUUGGCGUCACAACUCACUCGCGUAGGAGGCGCAUCUGGAAGUCGGCCUCGUUCUUAGUUGCGCUACAUGUCAUAUCCCAAAUUGUCGCCUUCGCUAUCGUUACGGAUCUGUACCGUCGCGAUUCUUUCCCUACCUUCGAGCGUGCUCGUCCAGGCCUUGCAUACGUCCUGAACGUCGUGUCCUGGGUUUUGGGCAUCUUAGUUACCGCCGGCAUUGUGAUUACUGGAAACGCUGCCAAGCAUGGCCACCAGUGGGCCGCCGGCAAUCGUGCUUAUCGUCCUAUUUCAGGAUGA